AUGUCUGUGCCAUCACCCCUGAGGGUGCUGCCCAGCCCCCCGAAUGCCACUGCAGGCAUUCCCGUGAGCAACCAGACCAAUGAGACAUUCUGCACAAGCAGCCAGCAGGUGGUGAUCCCUGGCGAACUCUUCCUGACCCUGGGGAUCCUGAGCUUUGUGGAGAACUUGUUAGUGGUGGCCGCCAUUGUCAAAAACCGGAACCUGCAUUCGCCCAUGUACUAUUUCAUCUGCUGCCUGGCUGUGUCGGACAUGCUGGUGAGCGUCAGCAACCUAGUGGAGACCCUCUUCAUGCUUCUGCUGGAGCAUGAGAUGAUGGUUGUGCAGCCCACCACCGUGAUGCACCUGGAUAACGCCAUGGACAUGCUGAUCUGCAGCUCCCUGAUGUCCUCGCUCUCCUUCCUGGGCGUCAUCGCCAUUGACCGCUACAUCACCAUCUUCUACGCCUUGCGGUAUCACAGCAUCAUGACCAUCCAGAGGGCCGUCACCAUCAUCGUGGUUGUCUGGGUGGUCAGCAGCAUCUCCAGCACCAUCUUCAUUGCCUACGAUGGCAAGGCGGUCAUCCUCUGCCUGGUCAUCUUCUUCCUCUCCAUGAUCACCCUGAUCAUGGGCCUCUACAUCCACAUGUUCAGCCUGGCUCACCAACACGCCCGCAGGAUCUCCAGCCUGCAAAGGAAGCAGUCGGCACCCCACUUCACUAGCAUGAGAGGGGCCAUCACCCUCACCAUCCUGCUGGGCGUCUUCUUCAUCUGCUGGGGCCCCUUCUUCCUUCACCUGAUCCUCAUCCUCACCUGCCCCGAGAAGCCCGCCUGCAACUGCUACUUCAGAUACUUCAACCUCUAUCUCAUCCUCCUCAUUUGCAACUCUGUGGUGGACCCCAUAAUUUAUGCCUUCCGGAGCCAGGAGCUCAGGAGGACUUUGAAAGAGGUGGUCUUAUGCUUUUGGAAUUGCAACGACAACCCAGACACAAAGGAGGGCCGUCAGCGCCCCGGCCUGGGUGCAGCGGGAGGCGCCUAUAAAACCCGCCGGCAGCAGCCUGGACGCCUCCGCCAGCCGCUCCGCCAGCUGCAGCCGCCGCCCACCCACCCGCCUGCCUGCCCGCAGCCGCCCCCCCGUAGCACCAGUCGCAGCAGCAUGAGGGAGAUCGUGCACAUCCAGGCGGGCCAGUGCGGCAACCAGAUCGGAGCCAAGUUCUGGGAGGUGAUCAGUGAUGAGCAUGGUAUAGACCCCAGUGGGAACUAUGUCGGUGACUCUGACCUGCAGCUGGAAAGGAUCAGCGUUUAUUACAAUGAAGCCUCUUCUCACAAAUAUGUUCCUCGUGCUAUCCUGGUAGACCUGGAGCCUGGCACCAUGGACAGUGUUCGUUCAGGUGCUUUUGGGCACCUCUUCAGACCAGACAACUUCAUCUUUGGACAAAGUGGCGCUGGGAACAACUGGGCAAAGGGUCAUUACACAGAAGGCGCUGAGCUGGUGGAUUCCGUCUUGGAUGUAGUGCGAAAAGAGUGUGAGAACUGCGACUGUCUACAGGGCUUCCAGCUCACUCAUUCCCUGGGUGGGGGUACGGGGUCUGGCAUGGGGACUCUCCUCAUUAGCAAAGUCCGUGAAGAAUACCCAGACCGGAUCAUGAACACUUUUAGUGUGGUGCCUUCCCCCAAAGUGUCUGACACUGUGGUGGAACCCUACAACGCUACCUUGUCCAUCCACCAGCUGGUGGAAAACACAGACGAGACCUACUGCAUUGACAAUGAAGCCCUCUAUGACAUCUGCUUCAGGACCCUCAAGCUGGCCACGCCCACCUACGGAGACCUCAACCACCUCGUUUCUGCCACCAUGAGCGGUGUCACCACCUCCCUGAGAUUCCCAGGCCAGCUCAAUGCCGACCUCCGCAAACUGGCCGUCAACAUGGUGCCCUUCCCUCGCCUCCAUUUCUUCAUGCCGGGCUUUGCUCCGCUGACGGCCCGCGGAAGCCAGCAGUACCGAGCCCUCACUGUCCCCGAGCUCACCCAGCAGAUGUUUGACGCCAAGAACAUGAUGGCCGCUUGCGACCCCCGCCACGGCCGCUACCUCACGGUGGCUACCGUAUUCCGAGGCCGCAUGUCCAUGAAGGAGGUCGAUGAGCAGAUGCUGGCCAUCCAGAGCAAGAACAGCAGCUAUUUUGUGGAGUGGAUCCCCAACAACGUCAAGGUGGCUGUGUGCGACAUCCCUCCCCGGGGCCUCAAGAUGUCCUCCACCUUCAUUGGCAACAGCACAGCCAUCCAGGAGCUCUUCAAGCGCAUCUCGGAGCAGUUCACGGCCAUGUUCCGGCGCAAGGCCUUCCUCCACUGGUACACUGGCGAGGGCAUGGAUGAGAUGGAGUUCACAGAGGCAGAGAGCAACAUGAACGACCUCGUCUCCGAGUACCAGCAGUACCAGGAUGCGACAGCUGAAGAGGAAGGAGAGAUGUAUGAAGAUGACGAGGAGGAAUCGGAAGCCCAGGGUGCCAAGUGAAGGGCUGGGGCCACAGGCAGCGCUUGGGUUCCUCCCAGUGAGGGCCGAGCAGUGACAUGGGCCUGUCGUUCAUCGCCGUCCAUCUUUGCUACUCAUUUGCUGAGUUGUAGACAACCAGCUUCUAGUUGCUUCUGAUUCAAGGGUUCCAAAACUUAAAAGCUGUUCAGUAUUUAACCCCCUUCCUCCUCUUCCUCCUCUCCCCCCCCACCCUAUAUUCCCUCUCCUUUGCCCCCCAAGUCUUAUAAGUUAGUGCAGCUCCCUCUGUCCAUGACUUUGAUAACUUCAAGGGCCCUGGUCUUUAUUUUUUACUGGUCUGUGUCUAUUUUUAUGUUUUGGAAUACUUAAUAAAUCUAUUGCUGUCCAGCA